AUGUUGUUAAGUGUCUUUUUGUUGUGUUUAUUUUAUGCUAGCGCCACAGAAGCAUUUUAUUCUAGAAAUAAUGUGUGCACCGAUUUUAAAGCUUACGGUAACAUAAGUAAGAGUAAAAAAUGUUCUUAUAAUCCCGAUCUAAAUUCUGCACCGUUGUUAGUUCCUCUAUGUUAUGUUUUUUCCACUGUACAAUCAGUUACUAUUAAAUCACAGUUCUCCACCUCUCUGUCGCUUCUCAUUACCAUUUAUUUAAUUUUACUCAACACUAAAGAAUGUGCGAAAUAUUUUACAGCUUUCAAAUUGGUCGAUAAUGGUUACGAUCUAUGGAUACCAAAUUUUAGGGGCACUACAUACUCAAAAAAACAUGUAAAUAAAAAUAUUAGUCAAAAAGAAUAUUGGAAUUACAGUGUUCAUGAAAUCGGUAUCUACGACGUCGCAGCAAUCGUAGAAUAUGUCGCUAACUUUACUGAAAGAAAGGACAUCUCUUAUAUUGGCCAUUCCAUGGGUACCUCAGCUUUUACAAUUUAUGCGACAGAGAGACCAGAACAUGCCAGGAAGUAUAUAAAGCAGAUCAUAUUUUUGGCACCAGUGGUUAACUUCGGUCAUCCUCCAGUAGCUUUAAAGAUAGUACUACCAUAUACUUAUGUAAUUAAAGAAGUUGUCCCACUUAUCGUAAAACUCUUCCCUGUAGCGAUAUCAGUUAAAUCCUUAGUGCAUUUUGCACAAAUUUCUCUUAACAAUGGAACUUUUCAACAGUAUGACUAUGGCGAUGAGCUUAAUAUGAAAAAGUACAAUUCGAAAACGCCUCCAAAAUAUGAUAUAGACAAACUGAAGAUUCCUAUCACAAUUUUUGCAGGAAGUCAUGAUAUACUGUCUGAAAUUCAGGAUGUACAUCGAUUCUACGACAGCCUUAAAUCACCGAAAGACCUACAUACAUAUGAAUUAUCCCAUUUAGAUUAUAUGUACGGAAAAGAUGUAAUUGAUGUGUAUAAUGAUAUUUUGCGAGUAUUAAAAAAAGAUGUUAAAUAA